CGCGUACAGGUGUACCUACGGUAUGAUACAUAUCGACAGUAGUGGAAACAGACUUUGGAGAUGAUAGGUCCUGUCUGACCGGCCUAACUUAUCAUUCCACACACAACAACUGGCAGCCGAAAUGCUGCUCUCCCGCUUGGCUCUCCUGAACUUGGCAAUCCUGCCCGGGUGCAGGGCGGCGUGCCUGGAGCACAUCCGCGGUGCCCCCCUCGACAAAGCCGCGGAACAUCACGCGCGCCUUCAAGGCUUUUAUAAUCGCACGCAGCCGUACGACCACCUCCCGCCGGGGGCUCACAAUGUCGUCUCGGCGUAUUUUCAACGACACUGGCACCCGACGCUACGCUGCCAGCGGCUCCAUCGCUACCCAGCCACUGCCAGGCUCGACGGCAAGCGGUUGUGCGACUUGCCAGCGUGCCUCCGCGCCUCUGCGAGCCCUCUGGUCAUCUCGGUCGGCUCAAACGGCAUUUUUACAUUCGAGGACGCGAUCCGCGCAUUGGAGCCACGGGUUGAGAUCCACACCAUCGAUGGGACGAUGGGGGCGCGACCGGACUUGCGGGCGAAGGCGGAGGAGCGGCAUGCCGCUGGUACUCUUUUCUUCCACGACAAACUGCUCUGCGGCGGGCUGGACGGCGAGGACGAGGGCGCGGAGUGCAACAAGGCACGGGCGGCGAAUCAAGCCAAUCGCACGAUGCACCUCUCAGACAUCGCUCGCGGCCCCCCCGCGUGGCUCUACGUCCCGUCGAACGGAGCUAAGAGAUGUCACCCCGCAGGUGGACGCGUCGUCAACGUCCUCAAAAUAGACUGCGAGGGUUGUGAAUUCGGGACGUACCGGCACUGGUUCGACGACGGCGUGUGCAUCGAACAAAUCGCCGUUGAGGUGCACGCAAUCUUCGCCGCGCACUGCAAGAGGUGUGACAAGACGGUGCGGCUUCGGGAAGCGCACGACCUGCUUGUAUUCCUCACUAGGAAUGGUUACGAGCUCUUCGCCGAGGAACACGCGCCCAAAUCCCACGGGGUCCUGGAGAUGGCGUUCGUUCGGAGAGAACGCUGCCCCGCUGGGUAAGUUCACCGCUUCAAGUUACUUCAAGUUUAGAUAAUUCUAG